GCAUCGAAGAUGGCACCUGCGGUCAAACAAUACACGCUGGUCGGCUUCACGGAAGAAUUCGACUGGAAUCCUUUGCAAUUUGUGAAGCCCCUUCCAAGAAAUAGGCUGUGCAGUUUGUGCGGACUCGUACGCAAGACAACCGCGAAUCUACCAUGCGGUCACGUAGCGUGUCAUUGCUGUUACGAACAGUGCAGAACGGCCGAGGGGUACGCUUGUCCGAUCGACGGUGAAAUCUGCUCGGAAGAGGACGUUGGCUGGAUAGACUUCCCAGCUGAAAAUCUGCUGAAAAGAGAGGUUAAAUGCUGGAACCACGGACACGGUUGCCCAGUUAUAAUGGCUGCCUCAGAAGUCCACAAGCACUACCACCGAGAGUGUGAAUACCACUGCACAUUCUGUCCAAGAUGCUCGACGAUGGUGUUAUGCCGGGAUAUCUGCGAACACAUGAGAGCUUCAUGCAACGCCCAUGCAGCACCUCAAGCAAAGGAGUGCGAGGAAAAGUUAAGCGACACUGUGGAGAAAGGAAUCUCGGCCAUUGUCAGGAGAGUAGUGCAAGAGGAGGCUAGUGAAAUGAAGGCUCUGCUAGAGCAAGCACUUAAAGACAAUGGUGCGCUUAAUGACAACCUAACUCGGGUCUCCCAAAAUAUGAACACCCUAAAGGAAGCAGUAAGCCAAGGUAUUGCCCCUGUGGGGCAAAUUAGUGAAAUGACACAUCGCGUGUUGGAUGGCAUCAACACACUACAUGGAGCGCUUAACAGUGAAAUGGCUGACAUUAAAAAGCAAAACGAAGAGCUUCCUCGAGUUCGAGCUGCAAUCGAAAGCGCGAAGGCAGAUGCGGGAGCAAGCACGAAGACGAUGGUAGAGAUGCAGAAGAAAGCACUAGCAUACGCCGAAAAAAAUGAAACGCGCUGCGACUUUUUCGUUCCAGGAAUAGGUUCGCUGGAAGCGAAGGCGUUGAAAGACGGCAAAGCUGAUUAUUACUACGACCCGGUCUACCUUCGCGGUUACAACGUAUCAACUGGUCUUCAACUAACGAAGAAGGAGGAAGGUGUCUUUAUUGAUGGGUUGCUUCGGCUGCACAAGGGCGAGUACGACGACGUGAUUCAGUGGCCUUUCGAGUAUAAAUUCAAGUUAACCAUUCUGCACCCUCUUGAAAACAAACAGAAAGAAGAGAUUCGUAAGACACACCGUCAUCUUGAAAGCUACAAGAAGCCAAUGAAUUCAAGUAACUGGGGUGUUGGCUUUUAUGACUGCUUUAAAUUGGGAGAUCUGAAAACUGGCGGCUACGUACGCGACGACAACCUUCGUGUCCUGGUGGAGCUGCUUUAGUCAUCACAGCAUUUGGUGCCCCUUUAAUGUACUACGUGCAUACGGUGACCGACGAGGCAAAGUCGCUUGGUUGAAGUCCUUGUUUUGGUUUGCAGUUAUACG